AUGGAGCAAACACAGCAUCGAGAGGUUCCUAGGGAGAUUUGGCUUGCCAUUGACUUCGGGACCAAUACCACUGAAGUUGCUGUCUCCGUGGACCCGACUAACCCUGCUGGAACCGCCGAUUACCUCUUGAAAUUCCCGUCUAGCGCGUCCACUCAGGUGGAAAAUUACACCACCGAGUUAGAUACCACUAUCGUCUUUACGAAAGAUGCCAAAAAAUUCUCGUUUGGUUCCGACGGGGCGUCGUACGCCAACCGGGAAAUGUUCAGGCACUGGAAGUUAGGUACGAUGGGAGUGAAACCAUAUGACGAAAACCUGAUCGAAUCCUGUCGGGGCGUUCAGCAAUGCCUAGGCCUAGAACACGGGCACUUCACUCCCGCAUCCCUCUUCCGUAUUCUUUUUGAGCACAUUUUGAAGACCGCCAAGGACCACCUUCGCAACGAGUAUGGUGAAUCUUUCGGUCCGAUCAAAGCCUGGCUUACGUAUCCAGUCAGCUGCGGUGAAUCAAUACGGAUCCUGCUUCUUCAAGAAGCCAUUGCUGCCGGGAUUGUUGUCAUGGGACUGAUUCUUGACUUCGGCGGAGCAACGUUGGAUGCCACGAUUAUAUACAAGAACGACGAUGGCCAGUUGGUUCAGGCUUGUGCGACCGACGGCCUCCCAAAAGGAGGGCAAAUGGUCAACGAAUUAUGUCGCAGCUGGCUUCAAGCGAAUUUCCCAGACUGGAAAUCAUUGUGGGAUGAUGAUCACUGGGCUACGUACAUAUCGCCCUUUUUCGAUCAAUGCAAACGGGCCUUUGAUGGCCAGUCCACCCAUGAGCUAUUUCGCGGGGAUGGCUCUGUUGAGAUUCCUCCUGAUGUGAUGCAAGGAUUCUUUCUGCCUUUGAUCUCCGGAGCGGAGGAUUUAGUGAUACGCAUGUGUGACCGCGCGAGGAAAGCCGGGCAUCCCGUAAAUAUUGCGGUCGUGUGUGGUGGCACUGUGAGAAAUAAGUGGUUUAGAACUGAACUAUUCAGGCGACUCAAGGAGCACGGGAUCACCACUUGCGAAAAAAUUGACGUUCAUGGAAUUGUAGCACUUGGGGCAUUGCAAUACGCUCGUCUUGAUGUUGAGGAAGAACUUGUGAUAACGCGCAAUUUGGGACUCGGCUACGUCGGCGACUACGAUGAAAACGGAAGCCCUCUCAAAAAGGGAGAGUGGCUGACAGGUAUAGGUUGGAUUCUUCGUGAGGGGCAAGAUCCAAAAGAGGGCCCCGGCUGCCUAAAAUUCACGAAGAAAAUCCAGCCACGCUCAAAGGAAGCCGGCGACCUGAUCAUUGAAUCUAAAAUGCAUGUGACUCCGCCAGACUCAAGACAAUUCGGCGAGGAGCAUAUCAAAAGAAACGAUCUAAUUGAGUGGGAAUGUGACAUCACUUAUCCAGCAACUGAAGAAAUCUUUUCGUAUCUAUCUCACCUAGGUACCUUUUCAGGGGAAAUCCCGCACGAAAAACUGUUUCCGCUUGGAACUGAAACGAAGGAACGCGAAUUUGAGUUUGAGCUUACCCUCCAGAAUGACCGGCAAUUACUGCGGGGAGUUUUUGCCGUUAUGCUAGAUGGCGAGCGCUGUCUUCUCCACGACGUGUACUACACGCCUCUGCCUUUGGUACCACGAUCGGAGUAUUUGAAUCAACAAGGUCAACUUCGCCGCCGCGUGAAACGUGGCGCAGGUGCUGCCAACGUGGAUGAUAGGCUGGACACAAGACACCCGAAUCUACGUUCAUCGAGCAUAGCAAUCUUGCCUACGCUAAAUACCUCGACCGAACCUUCUCGCAGUUCUGGCAGUCCUGAUUCAGGCAGCCCUAAUUCAGGCAGCCCUGACUCAGGCAGCCUUGACUCAGGCAGUCCUCGCCAUCCGCCUUAUCUCCCCGAUGAUCUUCCAUCGGUGCGUGGGCCUAGCCGACCGGACCAUACUGCUUCUUCUUCUCUCCAACACCGAAACGCCUCUCCCGGAAGUCGCUACCCAAUUCGGUACAUACCACCCCCAUCCGAGGAUGUAAUCAAUCAGAUCAUCAACGACUUGCCACGGCUAGCGGGCCACAGAGGGACAAACCUUUCGGUAUAA